AUGAAUUCAUACUUUGUAUUAGCUUUAUAGCGCUUCUCAACUCAGUUCAAUGUUUUCAAUGCAUCAGUCUGUUUACCAAAGGGUGUAAUCCUACUCCAGUAACUUUACAUGAGUUUAGAGCAUACCUACUCUCUCAAGCCCUUCCCUACUUCAAGCCUUGACUCCAAGUUCAAAUUUUUGCACUUCCCUUCUUCUAGUGGCCAUCGUCCUGCCCCCUAAAGACUUCCUAUAUAACUAGAAAGUUUCAUGGGGAAGCUAUUCGUUCUUCUUCCAUGGGCUUCGCCUUGUAGUCUUUAUGACCCUUUUUGCUGCUAAAGGCUAGCCUAAUUGGAUCUUUUUUCAAAGGCUGGAUCACAGAAUUGCUUGAUUUUUUUUUUUUUGCAUCAUAUUUAUAUUUUUUGUAUCUUAAAAAAUAUGAUCUAAGCAUUUUUUCAAAUGCAGCUUUAUAUUUUUGUGUUUUUAACUUUGCAAAGGAUGGGUUAAAAUGUCUAUAUUAAUUCCAAAAAUAUUUGGUUUUCAUGAAUAUUUCUAAAAGAGAAAUAUCAAAUUCUAAUUAUAUUCACGGUAAUGUUUCUAUGAUGUAUGACACUUAAGAUUAUUAUUUAUAGAUAUAUUAUUUUAUAAUUCCUGGAUUGAUUUUGAUUGGUGUUCUGAACCCAUUAUUGAUUUAUAUUUUAUUGAUGAUUAAUUAAAAUAGAUUAGAUAAAAUUAAAAUUAGAAGACAUAUAUCAUAUUUAUUGAAUGAAUAAAAUAUGGAUAGAUUUUACUUGGAAUAGAUUAAGUUAUUUAAGAAAGCAAUCUUUAUCUUUGUUCUGACUAAUUUUGAAACUGAAAUCGUUUUGAAGGCUUUUAUUAGAAUUAAGUUUAUUAAUUUAUCAGAUAUUAGCAGCAUUUCAUUAUCCAUAAAUUAAUCAAAAAUUUAAUAAUUUAGAUGUAUGGAGUAGUUAAAUUUGCUCAAUUUGAAUUUUAUUAAUAUUAACUAAAUAAAUUUGUGA